AUGAGAGAGGUUUGGAAUAUAGGAACAUGCAGUCAACAACAACAAGAAGAAAAAUCAUCUAAUACAAACACUAUUAUGAGCCGUUUUGAGUCACCAACUUCUGCUUUUUAUGCAACAGAAACCUGCAUGGGUUUUGCAGAAUUUGAUAACAAUCAAUCUUUGAAUACUCAAGUACAUAAGAUCAAUGAUUUGGAGUACCCUUUAUGUCAAUCUUUAAGGGAAAACAGUCAGUUUCUGGAUUCAUCAAACCAAUCUGAUCCCAACUUUGAACUGUCAAAUACUUUGCAAGCAUUGGUGAAAUCUCAAUUGAAUGGUAAUCAAUGUGUUAGAUUACCAGAAAACUUCGAUAAAUUUUCAUCCGAGAAUUUUCCUAGGAUCAAGCCUUUUCCAUUUGAACAACAGAAGUUGUUUUUCGAUGAUCUUGCCUCGGUUAACAGAAGCUCGUCAUUUUGUAACAAAGGAAAUCAUGAAUACACGGUUGCUCGCGGAACUUAUCAUUUAUCGGUUGAACAACUGAAUUUCUCUUCUCAACAUGAGAAGUUAUCUCCAACAAUUUCAUCAGCAAGUUUCUCGAAUUCUCUUGGAAACUCUUCUUCUAAUGGAAAUGUAGUUUCUAGUAAAACAAGAAUCAGGUGGACAAAGGAUCUUCAUGAGAAGUUUGUCGAGUGUGUGAAUCGCCUCGGUGGCGCUGACAAAGCAACACCAAAAGCUAUAUUGAAGAUGAUGGAUUCUGAAGGUUUGACUAUAUUUCAUGUGAAAAGUCAUUUGCAGAAAUAUAGAACUGCAAAGUUCAUGCCAGAGUCAGCUUCAGGAAAAUCUGACAAAAGAAUCUAUAAAGAGGAGUUGCAUCAUGUUGGUGUUAAAGCUGGCUUUCAAAUUAAGGAAGCACUUCAACUUCAAUUAGAUGCACAAAGACACCUUCAUGAACAGCUAGAGAUUCAAAGAACAUUACAAUUGCGACUUGAGGAACAAGGCAGACAGCUGAAAAAGAUGUUUGAUCAGCAGCAAAAGACAUGUAACAACUUCUUUAAUCCUCUGACUACAAUCAAUGAUGAUGAUUCAAAAAGUAGUCAAAAAGAUGUUGAAGUUUCUAUUUCUGAAGGGGCUGAAAAUUCUUUGUUCCCUUGUAAAACCUCUCCGGAUACAUAA